AUGGAAGACGCUGAAAUUGGAACUGUCGUUCACACGCUGGUAGCCUUAGAUCCGGACGUAAACUCAUCUGAAGCCUUAAAUUUCGCAGCAACAGAACCCAUCACUGCCUUAGACAAACAUGGCAAUGAAGUCCUUGCUAGCGAUGCAUUCAAAGAAUUCUUUUCCGUGGAUAAAAACACGGGAAAAGUAACAGUGAUCAAUCCUUUGCAAAGAGAUCUGGCCGCCAUUGUAAGAAUAACGGUAUUAGUAACGGACAUCACCGCCCCCACCGUCCAGCAAGGUCAGGGACUCCUAGUGAUUACUAUUGGUGACGUGAACGAUUCUCCGCCCAUGUUCUUACCACCUUGGACCGCAGAGAAUCCCAUCUACUAUCUGGAACUAAAAGAGGAGCAACCAGUUGGCACCAUCGUAGCCACAUACAAAGCUAUAGAUGAAGACUCUGACAUAGCUGGAUACUCCAUCAUGCCAGAAAGCGAGUACUUCCAAAUAAACAACGGCACCGGGAUCGUCCAAAUCAAACAGGAAAUAGACUACGAGAAGACCAAAGAACUAAACUUCAGCGUUGUGGCGUUUGACAGUGGCGUUCCUCAACUCAACGCCACUGCGAUAGUCUUGGUGAAGAUCGUCAACCUUAACGAUAACGAUCCCGUGUUCACGGCUAGAGAAUACAACGCGAGCAUCGACGAGAACUCACCCAACGGCACCUUCAUAGUGGAGGUUAAAGCGAAAGACUUGGACGCUGACGAAUACGGAGAAGUCAGCUACAGCCUAACAGGAGAGCACAGUGAGAAUUUCGCGAUAGACAACAAGACGGGUUACGUCACCGUCGCCAACUCCAACUUCCUCGACCACGAAAAAAUCAACGAGACCGUGCUGCAGGUGGUGGCUUCGGACGGUGCUCCGAGUAACUUGAGGAGAACCAUGUCGGUUCCGAUUUAUAUCACUAUAAACGAUUUAAACGAUAACGCGCCGAAGUUUUCGCAAGAGGAGUACAAUGUGACUGUGAUGGAAAACGUCAGGUUGAAUCCUCCCAUGAGACUCAUACAAGUGAAUGCCACCGACGAAGAUUCUGGAAUGAAUGGGAACAUCCAUUAUAGUAUAAUAUCUGGAAAUGAUAACGACGUGUUCAUACUGGGAAUAGAAACCGGCAUCCUUUACCCCCACAAAUCCCUGCUGGGUCAAACAAGAGAGUUCCAUUUGCUGGUAGAAGCCAGGGAUGGCGGCGGCAACGGACACUUAUUCGACAAGGCUAUUAUUCAUGUACAUGUACUGAACGUUAACGAACAUAAGCCGGAAUUCAUAAUGCCGGCGCUUCCUAACGCUACAGUUGAAGUAUUAGAGAACGAAGCAGCCGAAAACUAUUUAGUGAUGACGGUGAAGGCAAUCGACAAGGACGAGAACGAAAACGGAAGACUUACGUACCACUUCAAAGUGGACGAAGAGAAUGUUCAAGAGACAGAAGAAUUCAGCAUCAAUCCAAACGCUGGCGAACUCAGGACGAAAGUAAGCCUGGACAGAGAGACAAAAUCGAAAUAUGAGUUGGUGUUAGUAGCAAGGGAUCACGGCUCACCCAAAUGGUAUGAAACCAUCAGGCACCUGACAGUGCUUCUUGUAGACGAGAACGACAACAGACCAGAAUUUCCAGGAUCGAAAUCAACCAAUCCUUACCACUUUUACGUGACUGAGAACAAUGAGAGACAUAUAUUGAUAGGUCGAGUCAAAGCCCUGGACAGGGACGAGGGCAAUCACGCGAAAGUCUACUACUACUUACUGUCCGGCAACGAGGACGGCGCCUUCUACCUAGACCGAGCCGACGGUGGCCUCUACGCCAAUGUAUCCUUUGACCGGGAACAAAAGGAGGAGUACGACCUGCUCGUCAUUGCCAACAACGACCCCAAUUUCCACCUGACCGCGGAGCAAGUCAGCCAGAUGGAGGAGGAGGAGGUGAUGCACGACCGGAGCAUCGCAAGGAUCAGGGUCAGUAUCAGCGACCUGAACGACAACGCUCCGGUGUUCGAACAUACAGUUUACUACGCCGCUGUGAACGCGAUGGCCAACAUCAACGACUUCGUGACGAACGUCACUGCCUCGGACCCGGAUUUCGGACUUAAUGGUUCUUUGACUUAUUACAUAAAGGCCUCGAAUUUGUAUAAGUUCGACUCCAAUAAAACGUCGGGAUCGAUUAUCCCGUCCCCUUUCAACAUCAGCGAAAGAGGAGAGAUUUACACGGCCACCUACUUGGCCGAAAAUAACCAGCACAGGUUCGUUAUCGACGUCAUGGCUAGAGAAAAUGCCUUUCCGGAGAGGGAGGCCUACGCACAAGUAUAUGUGUGGAUUUUUGAGCCAGAGCAGCUAAUAAGGGUCAUCUUGUCCAGACCAAAGGAAGAAGUUACAAAGGAAAGAGAUGAAAUUAUUGCUGAAUUAAGUAAUGCCACUCAAAGUUUGGUUAUCAUUGACGAAAUUAGAUACCACAUUGGCGACAACGGACUGAAGAAUGAAGACUGGUCAGAUUUAUACAUUCUAGUCGUCAAUCCCAAAACUCAAAUGAUAUUACCAGUUCCCGACGUCCUGAAAACAAUCGACUCAAAAUACGACUUUCUCAAAGAUUACUAUGCUGGCUUUGCCAUCGAGAAUGUUGUCCCUGCCUUCGUAACGGAGAAAGAAGAGACCUUUGACCCAGCCCUAGCUGCUCUAAUAGCUCUGUCGAUAGUAAUUUUCGUGGGUAUAAUUACGUUCAUUAUCGUCUGCUGCUGCUUGAGGCAUUGGGUCAUAUCUCCGACGGAUUUAAAGAAGAAGGACGCCUUAAUCAAAAAGGCCAUAAUAGAUGAUUUGAACACGACAGAAAAUCCUUUGUGGAUUGAACAAAAACUUAAAAUUUAUGAGGAGCAGGAAUUGACAAUGCAAGUUUUUAACGAACCAGAACAAAAUGUACUAAACAGGAGGGACAGUGAUGAUUAUAUUCCGGAGGAUAAUACAUACGCAACCAUCCAACAUCCUAACAGAAGAGGGUCCUCACACAUGGCUGCAAUGUCCCUCUCAGAUGAUUUGGCAGACUAUGCCACAUUAUCAGGUGUAGCCCAUCGCACACCUGGUAGUAACAACAGCUCCUUACGAGAGGCUCCAAAUUAUUACGAGGCAGCUAUGGGUUUCCAAGGGUCAACUUUCCAAGUCCCAGACCGACUUAGUAGUUCGAAUGACUACGAUCCUUAUGGUGCACAUUUUAAAGGCUCAGAGUUAACCAUCAAUCAUGAAGGUCAACCAGAAUACGUUGCCGAACUGAUUUAGGGUAAUUUUCGAUAGUUUCAUUUUAGACUGUUUUUAAAGUGACAAUAUUGACUGGAAAAAGUGCUGUUUAUUUCACGUUACACUCGAUAAGUUUCUUAUGUUUUUGGAUGCUCUGAGUCCAGUGGCGGAUAUUUUAUAGGAGGAGUGAUAAAAUUUUUCUAUUGUAAUGAUAUUUUUAGUGAAAAUUAUUUUAGUGUUUUUUUAAUUUAUUGUCAGUUUUUGUGUAUUUUUGUACUUUCGAAUAAUUAUCUAGUAUGAAAUGGCCAUAUCAUACCUUAUUACGUUAACGGUAAUUUUAUCUUGUUAUUUAUUAACUCAAUUUUAGAUAAAUGAAAUGAUUGACA